GAUGAGUUAUAUGAGGCACAACAACAAUGCUAGAAUAGACCAACUUUGUAGUGUACUCGCGAUUAACGAAACUACAAUUACGAUUGCCAUUACAUGGAUGACUGAAUCAUUUUAGUCGCUUGCGAAUUUUAUACAAGAGCCCAUUCUGCAAAAUUUCUCGACUUCGUGCAAUCAGCAACACAGUUUCUGCCCAUCCAGGCUCUCAUAGGUAGCUUUGUGUGUCUUUGAAAACAUAAUAAAAGCAACGACAAAAUAAAGUUUCAAACGCUAGUCAUGACGCGUAUGUGGCCCGCGAACAUCGCAUUGAAGGCUAUGGCGGCGCUGUCGACGCUCAUACUGCAGCCCACCGUCUUCCCGACCACGAACGUCGGGGACGACGCCGUCUUUGACUUCAUCGUCGUGGGCGCAGGCUCUGCGGGUUGUGCGCUGGCUGCGCGCUUGUCAGAGGUGCGCUCGUGGCAAGUGCUGCUGCUCGAGGCCGGUGGGCAACCGCCUGCCGUCAGCAAGAUUCCACUUUUCAGCUUCCACUCAUACAGCCGUAUGAGUAUCUACAACUACUACUUCAUGACGACCAGUCAGAAGAAUGCACUUUACGCCUACGAAAAUAACAAACUUGUUGCAAAUUCGGGAAAAGUCGUUGGAGGCUCGAGCGUGGUGAACUACAUGCUGUAUUAUCGCGGCAACCGCCGUGACUACGACCGCUGGGCGGCCCUCGGUAACACUGGCUGGGACUACGAUACUGUCCUGCCAUACUUCAAGAAAGCCGAGAACUAUGAAGGAAAACUCUCUGCUGAAGACUUGCCGUAUCAUGGUUUGGGAGGACCACUCUCGGUCUCCAACUCGAAUUGGUUCGAUCUUUCCAAGUAUGUCUUCGCGGCGGCCAAGGAAAUGGGUUUUGAAAAAAUUGACCCCAACGCUAAAAAGAGAAUCGGUUAUUUCCUGCCGGAUUAUACUACAAAGAAAGGUGAACGCCAUUCAGCAGCAGAAGCCUAUCUCAAGCCCACCCUGAGCAGACCAAAUCUCUCCCUGCAGACCGAUUCGCAAGUUAUAAGGAUUCUGUUUAACAACAAAAACAGAGCUAUAGGAGUUCGCUACAUGCAAGGAGGUCGGGUUAAACAAGCGUUCGCCCGUAAAGAAGUGAUCAUCAGUGCUGGUGUCAUCAACAGCCCCAAGCUGCUCAUGCUCUCCGGCAUUGGGCCCAAGGAACACCUCAGAUCAGUUGGGAUAAAACCUCGGGUUGACGUGCCAGGUGUGGGUAAAAAUUUCCAGGACCACAUGACCCUGCACGGACUCAACUGGCUGAUUAAGAUGGGACCAAACGAGGUCUCUGCAACGUCCUUAAGCACCAUACUAAGCCCGCAAACCUUUAAGGACUACAAGGAGAAGAGGACCG